UCGAAACUCGAAUAAAAAAAACAUUCUUCCACAAUUCAAUUGGAGACGAGAAGAGAGAGAGAAUCUAGAGAGAAGAUGAUAGAGGUGGUGCUUAACGAUCGUCUGGGAAAAAAGGUGAGGGUGAAGUGCAACGAAGACGACACAAUCGGAGAUCUGAAGAAGCUCGUGGCGGCGCAAACCGGAACCCGACCCGAGAAGAUCCGGAUCCAGAAGUGGUACAACAUCUACAAAGAUCACAUCACUCUCAAGGAUUACGAGAUCCACGACGGCAUGGGCCUCGAGCUCUACUACAACUGAUCGAAAUCCUUAAUGGUGUUUAAUAUGAAUUUGAGGAGUAAGGAUUAAAGAAUGGAAGAAGUGUUUGACUCGAUUCUGCAUGAGUUUUAUUCAAUAAUGAUUUAACAAUUACGAAAAAUUCAUAUUAAAAAAUGUAAAAUAAAACAUAGUUUGUAUCUUACUCUUAUCUGAUGCUAUGAUACUAGUUCAAAUCGAAAUGCAGAAUGUAUUGAUAUAUUCACAAGAGAAAACAAUAAAAAAAUAUAUCUGUUUUUCGGAA